UCUUAGUUCUCAUGAUAUAAUAAAAUUUUAUUUUUGUGUAAGAUUAAUUGACCCUUGAGUAUUGUUUCUAUAUCCCGGCCAAGUGACAAUUCAUUUUCGAAUUAAAAAUGAAAUGAAAUUUUGUUUCAGUAUUAAACUCUUUGUAUUUGUUAUUCUAAUUGGUUUUUAUUAUGGCUAAUUCUAUGGUUUAUAUUUCUUUUCUUCUUUCUUCUGUUUUUCUCUUACCUUCACACGUUUUGACACAUGAACAAUUUAAAGAGGAAAUUAUUUCAGAAAAUUCUAUGAUAAACGUUGAUUGGUAUGAUCCUUCUGGGGUGAGAUUUAGGAGGCUACCACCACGUCCGGGUCCGCUUCCUCCUCCUUCUUCUCAUUAUUCUCGUUCUUGGUCGAAGCGAGUUAAUCCUUGGUCGGAGCGAGUUAAUCCUUGGUCUGAUCGUUCUUUUGGUUCGUCGCCGCUUCGUGGACAACCGAAAAAAAAUAAACACAACUCCGCCUCUUCUCCACCACAUCCUCCACCAACUAAAAUGGAUCACUAUACUCAUUCAUUUGCAUUCCAUCACAAUGAUGGUUUUAUAUCAGAUUGGUAUAAUCCUUCCACGGGUAAGAGAAGUCACGUGUAUCGAAAGGGUACGGAUCCGUUUCAUCGUCGUCGUCCUUGGGCGGAGCAUUCUAAUCCUUGGCCCGGUCAUGCUUCGAAAAAGCCGGCUCUUCAGCCGCGACUCAAGAAGAAUAAAAUCAAAGCAGCUGCUCCUCCGCAGCCUCCUCCACUAACUAAUUAAUAAAAUGAACGAAAAUAUUUGAGGCAGAAAGCUAUAUUGAAGAUGCAAGUGUUACGAGGCAUCCCAAAAUGAUGAAGCCUUCAAAAUUAAAAAAUUAAUUAUAGAUGUUCUCUUAAUUUUCAUGCUUUAAUUUUCGAGCCAAAACGCCAAUAAUGAUACAAUUUAUAUGAUAGAAUAACUUAUGGAGACAAUAUGCAAUUUGCAAAUUUAUAUGAUUUGAAUU